AUGGUGUUCAUCAACGGCUUCAGCUUCACGGAAGCGACGCUCGUCAAGCGGUCCCUCGAAUCCUUCUUCGGCAUCGGGCCCUCGGUCUCGCAGCGCAUCAUGGCGAAAUUCUACAUCCACCCGUGGGCGAAAGUCGGCAGUCUGAAAAAUGCGACAGUCAUGGAUCUGACGGCCGAGCUGGCGAACAUGAAGAUUGAGAAUGAUUUGCGGCGGCAGGUGCAGGACGAUAUUCGGAGAUUGAGGGAUAUGGGCACAUAUCGUGGAAGAAGGCAUGCUAUGGGUUUGCCUGUGAGGGGUCAGAGAACAAGGACACAGAUUGCAACUGCACGACGGUUGAACAAGAUGGAACGAGGCGGUACAGGAAGAGUGGGAUUGUAA